UCGGCGCCUAUUUGUGUUUGUAUUUCGGUUUGGGUACGGGCGAGGCAGGCGGGUGCGGGCUUGGGGCGCCUACAACAUUCACUGUAUUGUCAAUAAUUUAACAUUUUUAAGACAUUUUUUAACACGGAUUCUACCCGUCUACCUACGGUUUCGGUGAGAACCUCCUAUUGCUACUGAGUUUUGAACGAAACCUGUGCAUCAAUCCAAUCUCGUUCGAGUAACGGAUUGUGAUGCUCACUUGCCGGACUCUUUAAACGUAGGAUUUGAGUAUUUUCUCCCGAUAUUAGGUAGUUUAUCUUUAUUACUAUGGCUUUCACUGAAGCUGACUUACAAGAAAGAUUAGCUGCCCUGCGCGAACAGGGCAGGAAAGCAUUGGAAACAUACAACCAAGAAUUCGAGGAGCACUAUGGCUGGCUGAACUCAGUUUUAGAUGGAUUGAAAAAUUGCACCAUCAAUGUUCAAACUGUGCUGGUGCCCAAAACACCAGGGAAACGGCAGGCCCCUUUGUCUGCUAUCAAUGAAAGUUUGGAAUCAAGUAUUGAAAUUGAGGAUGUUAAACCUGUCCGCGUCAGUGCUCAAAACAAGAGAGUGUCAAGGAAAGGACAAUCAAAGAAAGCUGCUUCUAAACUGAAAAAGGUACCAAUCAUUGAAGAAGAUGAUGAUGAUGAUGUUGAAUUUUCAGCUCCUACAAAGCCUCAGAAGAGACUAAGUGAGGAGGCUGUUGAUAAUGCAUCAAAACGUCUGUGUGGAAAUAGGACUAGUGAGACUACUAGUAGAGACAGUGGUCUGUCAUCUGUUGGCAGCCGUAACACCCGUGGCAGAUCAUUGGGUGGUUUUGCAGUAAAACAAGAAGUGAUGACUCCGAAAAACACCAGCACUAACAGCACAGUUUCUGAGGAGGAGGAGGAAGAAGAAGGAGUUUUGUCUGUUGAUGGUGAUAGCUCAUCAGCAACUUCAAGGGAUCCUUCUCAGUCUGGUGCUGUACCUCAACCUUCCAAAAAGAGGUCCCGGUCUACUGGCAGAGAUGCUUUAGUGAUAAAGGAGGAGCCCAGACGAAGUUCUCGGUGUCACUCAGAACCAAGGACACCUAAUGCUAAGCGGCCAUCUAUUGGGAGUGAUAGGACUUUAAUUUUAACAUCUGAGGCACGCGUUGUGUUAUCCCCAUACAAAGGCUCUCCUAUCUUAUCCCCCAAAAAUCAAGCGAAUUUUAGAUCGCCUAUUGUCAAAGCUCCACCUUCUCAUCUACUUAAAGGAGAAAGUGUGAAGAAAGCUGUGAAAGCAUUUGAAGCAUUGAAUGAGGAACAAGAGACUGAGAUACCAGUUCACGGCAUGAUUGCUCCCUUGAUGCCUCCUCCAUCUAAACUACUCCCGCCAUCUAAAACGACUGCAACCUCAAACCAAUCAUCUCUAGACGAUGCUCUAAAUGCUCCUACCAGAGUCACUCGGACCAAGACCAGAGCUAUGGCCAAAGCAGCUGCUGAUGAAACCAAAAAGAUAACUAAAGAUGAUCCAAAUGCUUCCACGGUCUCCAAAAUUCUAAAGUCUCCUGUUCAUUAUCAACAGAAGAAAACUACUGAAAAUAGAUUUGAUGUCCAUCAUGAAAAGGAGAACUCAACCAUUCCUUCAUCACGAAUUGUUACUAAGCCAUUUGGAAGUGCCAGCAAGCAGCCACAGUUCUUCUUUAAAGCCAGCACACCACUUCGCAUCACCCCAGUGACGCCCAGCCAUGCUGCAAGUACCUCUUUCACUGCUCCGCGUAUCAACAAUCUCGUGACAUCUGUUGAAUCAUUCAUUUUAAAGCCCGUAGUGAACCAAGAAGUCAAACCGUCUAGAGAAGAAAAUCUCCAGAAGCUUGUUGCCAAAGCAGAAGUGGCCAGCAAGAAAAAGGAAGAGAUCAUGAAGGCUCAAAUGGAGGAAAGGAUUAAGAAACGACAAGAGAAGAGAUUGAAAGUUUGUGCAGCCCGUGAGGCUAUGGAAAAAGAGAAGCUAGAAAUGCUUCAGAAACUGGAACGUGAAAGGGAAGAGAAACAGAAGCAACUUCAAGCCGAAAGAGAAGAAAAAUUGAGGCAGGAAUAUUUGAAAAAGAAGCGUGUUGCCCAGCAGAAAGCAGCUGAAACUGAAGAAAGACGGCGCCAGGAGGAGGCGGCUCGCCUUGCAAAGCUGAAGCAGCAGGAAGAUGAACAGAAUCGCAUUGCUGCGCAACGUAAAAAAGAACAGGAAGAAGCUGAUAAAAGACAACAAGAACGCAUGCAACAAGAACGUGAGGCAGCAGCUCUGAGAGCUAAAGAAGCAGAUCGGCUUGCCAAAGAAGCCUCCAUCAUUGCCAAGAAGACUUCGAAAGUCCAGCUUGAUCAAACGUAUGACAAACUCUCCCCUGGUCCUCAAACAUAUGGAAUGACACCAGGACCAGAAGAGCGGGAACCAAUCCCCAAUACAAAUCCAGACAACUAUGGCAUUGAAGAUGCUGGGACCGAUGACUCAAGUGAAGAUGAGGCAAAACCGAAAAAGGUGGUGCCUCUGUGGGCUCAGCCCAAACAUCGCAUACACAAACUUAUGGAGGACUAUGAAAUAAAUCAUCAUCAGAUGUUCGUCUUCUUUGGUAGCAAGAAGAGUACUCCAGAUUUGAGUAAAAUCUUUGUUGCUAUCGAUCGCCGCCAGUUGAUUCGGAAGUCAAGUGCUGUAUGGCGCACGCCGCCAGUGAAACAUUGAGUGAAUCAUUAUACUCUUAUUUUCCCUUUUUGUAUGUGUUUCUAAAUUAAAGUUUCAAUAAAAACAAAUUGAUAAAAAACAAA